AUGGCGACUCGUUCCAGGAAAGGCUGCAUUGACUGCAAGCAGGCCAAGAUCAAAUGUGAUGAACAGCAUCCUUUCUGUGGAACCUGCACUCGGCGGCGCAGGCAGUGCAGGGGCUAUGCCACACCCAAGACGCGAUCGUCAUCUCAUCACCACCCCCACGGCGUAUCUGCUGGGGCAUAUUCCCCGAGCUCUGUGUCCUCCGAGUCUUUGUUACCCAAUGGCUACCCAGACGGCGGAUCAGAAGUUCUUAGGGCUGCCGGUUAUGUAUGGGUGGCCAGCAAGUCGCCUUCAUCGUCUGGCACCCAAAAUGCACCAUUCAUGACAGGAACGAUCGCGUCAAGCACAUUGAAUGGAGGCUCUGUUGAUGAUUCGUCAAACUCGCCAUUGUUGGGAAUAUCACAUCCAUCACUGGCACCGCCAAGGAGCCCGAGCUUCAUCCCAUUAAAUGAGAUUCAACCAGCCGACAAGCCGUUGAUUGAGAUUUACUUUUUGAGACACCCUUCUGACAUGGUGAUGCGCAAUGACUCCUUCAUCGACGAGAUGAAUUGCGCAGUGAUUUCUCUCCUACAGAAGUGCCCGGUCGUUGUGAGCGAUUCUUUAUGUGCGAUCGGCGAAAACUACAUUAAAGAAACCGCAGAUGCCUCCUUGGUAUCAAGUCGUAAGCUACGGCUUCUUAAUCGUUUACGCUUAGUGAAUGAAGAUGGUCGUAACCCCGAGUUGGUUUUAUUACUCCUACUCGCUCUAUGUGGUGCGGAGCUCACAAGCCCUCAUUCUGACGGUAAAGGUGAAAAACUUAUUGCAUUGAUUGAGAAUGUGGCCUUGGUUCUGGAAUUCCACAGUCAACCAGGCAGAGAGCUCAACAGCGCAGCAAAGUACUUCACCCGAGGACUGGCUCGCCAAGAUCUACUCCUCUCCCUUUCACGCAUGCAACGCACCAGAAUCAACACAUCUAUAUGGCUCGAUGAUUACUCGAGAAGUCAUGUAGACAGACUUCUAGGUUUAACUGCAACCUUGGUCCCGAUACUAACACAGCUCGCCGCUCUAGCCGAGGAUGUUCAGUAUGCGAUCACAGACCAUAGUGGCGGCGACAUGCAUUGCCUGCUGAAUUUCGACCAGAUACCUAUGAAACGCUCGGAUCUAGAAGAGAGGGCAGCCUCAAUCCGGGCUCAAUUGCUUACUUGGCGCCCAAUUCAGGACUCUUCCUUGACAAUGCGAACAUCUCGCACACUGUUGCUCCAUGCAGCCGCGUGGAGGGCGGCGGCCCUCCUCUACCUAUUCAGGCUCUUCAAUCGGCCAGGAAGCUCAGUCAGCGCAGAUGGUAUAGCUCUGAGCAUGGCUUAUGAGAUUAUGACCAAUAUCUCAGGACCGCCCGAUGAUAUCAAGCUUAGCCUCUGGCCACUUUUUCUUGCAGCUUGCGAAGUAGAGCAUCCUGAUGACAGAGAUCUUGCGUCGCAAAUGUUCAAUGACAUUUGCUCUUCCAGGCCUAUUUUGACUGUAAAGAGAACCAAAUCUUUUUGCGUGGACCAGAUAUGGCCAGCGAGGGAUCGAGGAGAGAACUGGGACUGGAUGCAGCUGGUACGGUUCGAAGAUAAUGUAUUUACUCCGCUCUGA